AUGUCGCCAUAUCCCCAUCGCUCUGACCUGCUGUUUGCAGUGGGUCUGUUCGACUCGGGCAGUGAGCGGCAGACGGCUGCGUUUCGCUAUGCCGUGGACAGGAUCAACGCCGACCGUAACCUGCUGCCAAACGUGCGGCUCGUGGCCAGCGUACAGCGCAUCCCGCUACAGGACAGCUUCCAGGCGUCCAAGACGGUGUGCUCGCUGAUGGAGCAGGGGGUGGCGGCGAUCUUCGGGCCACAGACGCCCUCGACAUCCGCCCACGUGCAGAGCAUCUGUGACGCCAUGGAGAUGCCGCACGUGGAGACGCGCUGGGACUACCGGCUCAAGAGGGACGACUACUCGGUCAACAUCCAUCCUCAUCCCACUACGCUCAGCAAGGCGUACGUAUCCCUGACCCAGCACUGGGGCUGGAAGACCUUCACCAUCAUCUACGAGGACAUCGACGGUCUGGUUCGUCUUCAGGAGUUGCUCAAGGCUCCUUCCUCUUCCCACUUCAAGAUCACCAUUCGCCAGCUGCCCCCCGACUCUUCCGACUACAGGCCGCUACUCAAGCGGAUCAAGAAGAGCGGAAGCACCAAGAUAGUGCUGGACUGUCGCUUGUCGCUGCUGCGGCCGCUGCUGGAACAGGCGCAGGAGAUCGGCAUGAUGAACCAGUACUUCAGCUACCUUCUCACCUCACUGGACGUGCACACAGUGGACCUGGACGACUUCCGCUACCUGGGUACCAACAUCACGGCCCUGCGGCUGGUGGACCCGGACCAGCCGACGGCGUCCCAGGUGCUGCGCCACUGGCAGGCGGCGCCGCUGGCGGCCGGUCGCGCCGGCUGGCCGGCCGGCCUGCCCAUCGAGGAGCUCACCCGCUCCCAGACGGACACGGCGCUGAUGUAUGACGCCGUGCACGUGUUCGCGCGCGCGUUGCACCAGUACGACCAGGCGCUGACGGUGCGACCGCUCAGCUGCCAGGCGGAGGACAGCUGGGCCGAGGGCAACACGCUCGUCAACUUCAUCAAGCUGGUCUUUUUGCGCCAACUGACAGGCGUAAGAAGAUUCGACCGCGAGGGGUUCCGCACCGACUUUGACUUGGACAUUGUGGAGCUGUCAAAGGACGGCCUGGUCAAGGUCGGUACUUGGACGGCACGUACUGGCGCCAACUAUACCCGCAGCUACGGCGAGAAGAUCUUGGAGAUCGAGCACAGCCUCUGGAACAAGACUCUCAAAGUCUUCAUGACGUUGAGCGAGCCAUACAUCAUGAUGGUCAACGAGUCGGACACGUCGCUGAAGGGCAACAGCCGGUUUGAGGGCUUCUGCAUAGACCUGGUGAACGAGAUCGCCAGCCUGCGCAACUUCAGCGUCGAGUUCGACCUGGUGGAGGGUGGCGCGUACGGUGGCAUAGACCCAGUCACCGGCCAGGCCACCGGCAUGGUCAAGGCGCUGCUGGACCAGAGAGCGGACAUGGCCGUCACGGAUCUUUCCAUCACCUACGAAAGAGAACAGGUGCUGGAUUUUACCAUGCCGUGGAUGAACCUAGGUAUAAGUAUCCUGUAUAAGAAGCCCACCAACGAACCGCCCCCGCUCUUCUCGUUCCUGGCGCCGCUCUCGCUGGAGGUUUGGCUGUACAUGGCCACCGCCUACCUGGGCGUCUCCGUACUGCUCUUCAUCCUGGCCAGGUUCAGUCCGUACGAGUGGGACAACCCGCACCCGUGCCGGGAGGACCCGGACGUGCUGGAGAACCAGUUCAGCCUGCUCAACUCGCUGUGGUUCACCAUCGGCAGCCUGAUGCAGCAGGGCUCGGACAUCGCGCCAAAAGCUAUUUCCACACGGAUGGUGGCCGGCAUGUGGUGGUUCUUCACUCUGAUCAUGAUCUCUUCGUACACGGCGAACCUGGCGGCAUUUCUGACAGUUGAACGAAUGGUGUCACCUAUUGAAAGCGCCGAGGACCUCGCCAAGCAGACUGAGAUCAAGUACGGCGCCCUCGAGUCUGGAUCCACCAAGAACUUUUUCCGGGACUCGAAGAUCGCCUCGUACCAGCGCAUGUGGUCGUUCAUGCAGUCGGCGCGGCCGUCCCUCUUCGCGAAGUCAGCUCGCGAGGGAGUGGAGCGCGUUAAGAACUCCGCCGAGCGCUACGCGUACAUCAUGGAGUCGCCGCAGCUGGAAUACGUAGUGGAGCGCAACUGCGACCUGCAGCAGGUUGGAGGCCUGCUCGACACCAAGAGCUACGGCAUCGCUCUUCCACCCGGGUCGCCGUACACCUCGACAAUAAGCACUGCUAUUCUGAUCCUGCAAGAGAACGGGACUCUGCAGCUGCUCAAGACCAAGUGGUGGAAAGAGAAAGGAGGCGUUAAGUGCAAGCGAAAGGACUCGAAGUUGGGCACCAACUCGGCCAACGAGCUGGGCCUGGACCACGUGGGCGGCGUGUUUGUGGUACUGCUCGGAGGCAUGGCAGCAGCCUGCUUCAUCGCCAUCUGCGAGUUCGUCUGGAAGUCGCGCAAGCUCGCCCACGAAGAGCAUGUGUCCCUGUUCGGCGAGAUGGCACGGGAGGUGCGGUUCGCGCUGCGCUGCCGGAACACAUCGAAGCCGGCGCGCCGGCCGGCGCCGGUGGUGACGUCAUCCGACCUC